ACUCGGCCCCGGGCCGCGCCGCAGACGGCAGCAGCUCCCGCUCCGCCCGCGCCGCCUGACCGCCGGGCCGGGGCGCUAACCGCGGGGCCCGCCAGCCCGCCGGCCCGGCCAGCCCAGCCCAGCCCGGCGGCCCGCAGCCCCGCCGCCCGCCGCCCCCCGCCGCCGCCGCGUUGCCAAAACAAACGGGCCGGCCUAUUUAUUGGCGGCCGGCGAGCCGGGCAGCUCAGAGGCGAGGCGCCGAGGGGGACCGCGCGCCGCCACCAGCCAGGGCCCCGGGCCCCCGCCCCGCACCUGAGUCCCGGCGCUCGGCCGCCGCGCCUCGCCGCCCAUGGCGCCCCCCCCGGAGCCCCCCGGAGCCCCCGAGCGCCUGAGCCCCCGCCGCGCUCCGCUCGACCCGCCCACCCCGCAGCCCACCCGGCGCCCUCGCCCGCCGCUCGCCCGGGCUCCCCGGCCAUGUCUCCCGCCCGGCUCCGGCCCCGACUGCGCUUCUGCCUGUUCCUGCUGCUGCUGCUGCUGCUGGUGCCGGCGGCGCGGGGCUGCGGGCCGGGCCGGGUCGUGGGGAGCCGCCGGCGGCCGCCGCGCAAGCUCGUGCCGCUCGCCUACAAGCAGUUCAGCCCCAACGUGCCCGAGAAGACCCUGGGCGCCAGCGGGCGCUAUGAAGGCAAGAUCGCGCGCAGCUCGGAGCGCUUCAAGGAGCUCACCCCCAACUACAACCCCGACAUCAUCUUCAAGGACGAGGAGAACACGGGCGCCGACCGCCUCAUGACCCAGCGCUGCAAGGACCGCCUGAACUCUCUGGCCAUCUCGGUGAUGAACCAGUGGCCCGGCGUGAAGCUGCGGGUGACCGAGGGCUGGGACGAGGACGGCCACCACUCGGAGGAGUCGCUGCACUACGAGGGCCGCGCGGUGGACAUCACCACGUCGGACCGCGACCGCAACAAGUACGGACUGCUGGCGCGCUUGGCCGUGGAGGCCGGUUUCGACUGGGUGUAUUACGAGUCCAAGGCCCACGUGCAUUGCUCCGUCAAGUCCGAGCACUCCGCUGCGGCCAAGACAGGUGGCUGCUUUCCUGCUGGAGCCCGAGUGCGCCUGGAGAGCGGGGCACGUGUGGCCUUGUCGGCGGUGAGGCCAGGAGACCGGGUGCUGGCCAUGGGGGAGGAUGGGAACCCCACCUUCAGUGAUGUGCUCAUUUUCCUGGACCGAGAGCCAACCAGGCCCAGGGCCUUCCAGAUCAUUGAGACCCAGGACCCCCCUCGCCGCCUGGCACUCACGCCUGCCCACCUGCUCUUUGCCUCCAGCAACCACACGCAGCCAGCAGCCCACUUCCAGGCCACGUUUGCCAGCCAAGUGCAGCCUGGCCAGUAUGUGUUGGUGGCUGGGGUGCCGGGCCUGCAGCCUGCCCGAGUGGCCACUGUCUCCACACACGUGGCCCUUGGGGCCUAUGCGCCACUGACGAGGCACGGGACGCUGGUGGUGGAGGAUGUGGUGGCCUCCUGCUUUGCAGUGGUGGCUGACCACCGCCUGGCUCAGUUGGCCUUCUGGCCCCUGCGACUGUUUCACAGCUUGGCAUGGGGUAACUGGACCCCGGGGGAAGGUGUGCACUGGUACCCCCAGCUGCUCUACCGCCUGGGACGUCUCCUGCUAGAAGAGGGCAGCUUCCACUCGCUGGGCAUGGCUGGGCCAGGGAGCUGAAAGGACCCUCCUCUGCACUCCAGGAACUGCCCAACUGGUUCCCAGGCCUCCCCGCCAGGAGGGCACUGGCCCUGGAAGGGACCUGAGGAGGGGCACUGGAUGCCACCAUCUCUGCCACCAGAGAUACACCAUUGAGACUUGACUGGGCCAUGCCAGUGUCCCCCGCCCCAGCUUGGUAUCGUGACAGAGCCGCAGCUGAGCUGGCCCGGGAGGGCUGUGGCCUAUCUUCCUGUCCUAGAAACCUCAAAACCCGCCCAGCCAGUGCUCACUAUGUCUUUUCACACCUGCCUCCCUUCGUGGGGACAACCCGUCCCAUCUGUCUUAGGCCCCCCCGUUAGGUGGGCUUGCACCUCAGUUGAUGCUGCUAGUUUCCCUGGGAGCCAGCAGGGAGCUGGCUGGACUCAGUGCUGCCCAGAACUGAGAAGGCCUCACAGGCAGCCAGCCUGGCCAUCCUGAGGCAGGACCUUCCUCCCUGGCCACACUCCUCGGGACACACCCAGAAACUGCUGCUGUCAGGGCGCAGUCAGUGUGAUCACAGGGCUGGGGAUGGGGGAGUGGGCUGGCUGUCCUUCCCACCUGCCCAGGCUAAGCUCCCUUUUCUGCAGAACCAUCACCCCCACCCCCUCCUCCGGUCAGUCUCCCCCACCUUAUUUAUUGGCUUGGAGGGGGAAGCCCAUGGGAGAAUUUUGGGGUUGUUUUGAUCUUUUCUUCCUUUUGUAAUAAAAAUUAUUUAAGUUGUUAGAGCCAUGGAGUCCAAGGUCCUGAGUGAGGCCAAUACAAAGAGGGCCUGCAGCCGGGGGUCUUCCCAGGGUUCACCGUCUCCAGGGUCAAAACCUCCAGAGCUCCUACCCUCUCUGCAGGCACUUUCUCACUCAGUAGCUCUGCAAAGUCCCCAUAGAGGUGGGUGCUAAGUGUUAAGCAAGGCCUUUGCAAGCUGACCCCAAUGCUUGCCUAAAUGUCGUUGGACCCAAGAGAAGGCUGAGGUUACCAAUGCUCGGUCACUUCACUCAUCUAGAACCAUCUCCUUGUGCCCUGAUCAAGGUGCUGUCCUUGCCUACCCUCUUCUUUUGGGGGGCCUGGGUUACUGAUUCUUCACUGUGAAUAAUGAAACAUGGUAUGAAAAGAUUCUGUAAGAUUCACAUUUCCCCUGUGGCCUGUUCAGACCUCUGGGAUAUGUGAGGAUCUAUCAUCCAACAGUUCUCAAACCUCGGAAUCACCUAGGAAACUUGUUUUAAAAUGGUUCCUGGUCCCACUUUCAGGAUUCUGUUUUAAUAGGCCCAGAGCAAGGCCCAGAAACUGAUUUUUACAAAUACCCCAAACAUGGCAGAGUGUCUACGGACCAUCCUUUGAUAAACAUUGCUCAGUUUAUUGCUAAGAUGGAAUGACCCCUUUCUUCCUCUUCUCUUGGUCUCUCCACUCCAAGCUACCUUUUCUGUACAUCAGCUGAUUCCCUUGCUGU